GCACAAGCGAGUUCCAUCCCCAUGGCGGAGCUGGGCGUGACGCGAGACCUCGUGGGCUACGGCGCGCGCGGGUUCGACCCCAAGUGGCCUGGCGGCAAGAAGCUGGCGCUGCAGUUCGUGCUCAACUACGAGGAGGGCGGCGAGAACUGCGUGCUGAACGGCGACGCCGCGUCCGAGCACCUGCUGUCGGACAUCGUGGGCGCCGCGCCCUACGUGGGGCAGCGCCACAUGAACAUGGAGUCGCUGUACGAGUACGGCAGCCGCGCGGGCUUCUGGCGGCUGCACCGCGCCUUCACGGAGCGCCAGAUGCCGCUCACGGUCUACGCCGUGGGCCUCGCGCUCGAAAAGAACCCAGAGGCGGCGCGGGCCAUGAAGGACGCCGGCUGGGAGGUCGCCAGCCACGGAUACCGCUGGAUCGACUACCAGAACGUGGACGAGGCCACCGAGCGCGAGCAUAUCCGCAAGACGGUGGCCAUCCAUGAGAAGCUGCUGGGCGAGCGCCCCGUGGGCAUCUACCAGGGCAAGCCGAACGUCAACACGCGCCGCCUCGUGGUGGAGGAAGGAGGCUUCCUGUACGACGCGGACGCCUACAACGACGACCUGCCGUACUGGGACACGCAGUUCGGCCGCCCGCACCUUGUGAUCCCCUACACGCUCAACAACAACGACAUGAAGUUCGUGUCUGCGCAGGGUUUCAACUCCGGAGACCAGUUCUUCACGUACCUGAAGGACGCCUUCGAUGUGCUGCUCGCCGAGGGCCGCGCCGGUCAGCCCAAGAUGAUGUCUAUCGGGCUGCACUGCCGCGUCGUGGGCCAUCCAGGACGUAUCGCCGCUCUGCUCCGCUUCCUAGACUACGCGCAGAGCUUCCAAGACGUCUGGAUCUGCAAACGCGAGGACAUCGCGCGUCACUGGUACAAGACGCACUCCCCGAAAGAUGCUGCUGCUUCGAAGCUGUAA